AUGGCCAUUUUCGACUCAGAGAAGCGCCCUCGGGGCCUGCGCGUCCCAUCGCUCACAGCGAUGAAGUCCAGCGCAGCAGCCAAGUCGCAAUUCUCCUUCCACAGCAAGAAAUCCACCGAGUCCGUUCCUUCCGACGAUUCAACACCAAAGACAGCCCCUCCUUUUCCUCCACCAGCCAAGCCGGCACCUCCGCCGGACAAGGAAUUGCCCUCUCCCCCGAAGGAAGCCCAAGCCCCGAACGUCAAUCCAUACUUCCCUCCGAUCCCCUCACCCCGCGAUGGUGUCCCGGAACGGCGCCCAAUUGAGCGAGUCCCAGUGCCAGGUCCAACCUCAGCUCUAAGCCCAAUCAGCCCAAGCCAACCUCGUACAACGGGCAUGCGCACGCAGCCAAAGCCCCAGCCCCAACCUCAGCCAGAUCCGAACAUUUUCCAGCAAGCACCGGCACCAAUCCCAGUCCCGGCACCUGUCCAAGCACGGGAACCUAUCCGAGCACAAGCACCACCAGUUACACUCUCACCCCCGGACUCCCUCCCAGCACAAAAAGAAACCACCUCUCCAGCCCUGGAAGACUUCAUCCCAACACCAGAUAGCACAGAACCCCCACUAGACGUACCAGCCAUGGCACCGCGCGAUCUGGCUCCAUCGCCAUUUGUACCACCGGAGGUUGAGCCUGUUGCGCCAAACCUGAACAAGGUGCAUUUCCAAUGCCAUCAGGAGCAUCGCAAUAUGCCAGUUGCGCAGAAUGUGUGGUGUCCAAUGCCAUGUUUUGCGUGCCAGAAGUUUGAUAAUGAGGUCCGGCACCGCUGUGUGUUUUGUUGUCUGCGUGUAUGUGAGGAGUGUUAUCAGACGCUGCAGAAAUGCAAAAAUCGGUCUUUGGAGGAGUUGCUUGAGCGUGUUGCUUGA